AUGAUGGCAUCCGUGGUUGCCAAUGGGAACCGGGGUGGCCAAUCGGUGGUCCUCAAAGGGGUGGACCCAGAAACCUGCAUGAUUGUUUUCAAGAACCACUGGGCUCAGGUGGUGAAGAUCCUGGAGAAGCAUGACCCGUUGCGCGGUGCCAGUGGUGUUAGUCUGGGGUCCAGUUUGGGCCUGGGCGGUGGAGGCGGGGGAGGUUUGGGCGGGCUGCGUUUCGGGCCGAUCCCGGGUGACGAGGCCAGCGCCGUGCAGAACUAUGUGGAACACAUGCUCUUCCUCCUGAUGGAGGAGGAGUGCGGUCAGGAGGGGGCUAUGGGGCCGAUCCUGGAGUUUGUGGUGAUGGAGAACGUGAUGGAGAGGCUGUUUGUGUGGAGCCUUCGUCGUGAGUUCACGGACGACAUGAAGCUGGAGCAGCUGAAGAUGUACGAGAUGCUGGUGGGUCAGGCGCGGCAGCCGGUUCUGCACCACAAACCCAUCCUCAGGCCCCUCAUGAUGCUCCUGUCCUCCUGUGCCGCCUCCCGACCCGGCUCCGGACCGGGUUCCGCGUCCGGUUCUGCGGUGGAGGCGGAACUGGUCCUGCUGCUGCACCAGCUGUGCUGCGUUCUGGCUAAAGAUCCGUCGGUCCUGGAGCUGUUCUUCCACACCAGCGAGGAUCAGGGUGCGGCCAACUUCCUGAUCUUCUCCCUGCUGAUCCCGUUCAUCCACAGAGAGGGUGCUGUGGGGCAGCAGGCCAGAGACGCUCUGCUCCUCAUCAUGGCCCUGUCUGCAGAGAACCGCGUGGUCGCCAAACACAUCUCAGAGAACACAUACUUCUGCCCGGUGCUGGCGACAGGCCUCAGUGGACUGUAUUCAUCUCUGCCCACUAAACUGGAGGUGUGUAGUGAGGACUGGCACUGCCUGCAUCGUGAGGACUGGCAGCAGAUUCCUGCUCUCGUCCAGUUUCUCAACUCUCUGGAGUUCUGUAACGCUGUCAUCCAGGUGGCCCAUCCCUCCAUCAGAGACCAGUUAGUGGGAUAUAUCUUAAACGGGUUCCUGGUCCCAGUGUUGGCACCAGCGCUGCAUAAGCUGACAUUGGAGGAGGUGAUGACCACCACGGCUUACCUGGACCUUUUCCUGCGGAGUAUCUCUGAGCCCGCUCUGCUCCACACCUUCCUCAGCUUCAUACUACUCCAUCGCCACGACAACGUCCACAUCCUGGACACGCUGGUCAGCCGCAUCAACACACCCUUCCAGUUGGGCACCGUGUCCUUGGCUCUGUUCCGCACUCUCAUUGGCUUUUACUGUGAAGACGUCAUGCUCCAGCUCAUCCUCAGGUACCUCAUCCCGUGUAACCACAUGAUGAUGAGUCAGCGUAGGGUCCUGAAGGAGAGGGACUGUUACUCUGUGUCAGCUGCUAAAAUCCUCCACCUCACCCCCUCCUGCUGCUCGCCCGACAUCGUCCCCCCCCCACUCCGACAGCUGGACUCCAUCCUGUGGUCCAAGGGUUCUGACAGCCCCCACUCGGGAACGAAGGCGGCAGGCGUGGGCUUCUCAUUGGAUGACGAUUCGGGUCACUCCUGCGUGAUUGGCACUGAGCUCUACCUGGAUGUCAGUUACCUGCACUACCUGUACGACGCCCAUGCCAGCAUCAGCGCCUGCAUGCGAGCGUGCCGCGUCUGGUCGGCCCCCUACGACGGGGAGAACCCUCCUCCUGAGGAGUAUCAGCCGAGCACCUUGGAGGAGGCAGGGAGGUUACGCCCCUCCUCGCUGAAGAGGAGGUCACAGCAGCAGACUCAGCCGCGUCGGCCGCGGCGUCCGGUGGACCUCCACAGUGAUCCUGCCGCUGCCUCCAGUCUGCUGGAGCUGGAAUGGGACGACAGUUAUGAUGCUGGCUCAGCACAGCAUUCUCAGGAGGGUGAAAACGAACCCCCAAAACCCACCCCGACCGAGCCCCCAAAAUACAUUCAGGAAAUGCGACGCACGGCCACGAUGCUCGUCAAGGGUUCCUAUAUUGAGGAGUCGGACUUCCAAAAUGAUGUCUUGGUCUAUAACCUGGUCGCCCAAAAGGACGCCCAUGAACAAAACCUGUCCAAACCCAGGGGUUCUGACUCCACCCAGCUGACGCCAUCGGAGAAUCCAGACGAUUCACCUCAAAGCCCUGACUCCCAGUCCUCAGAACUUGAUUCCUCAGACAAACAGGCUCCAGUGACUAACGGUUUGAGUUCUUCUCCUGGUCACAGCGAGACAAAGGUGAGAGGAGUCGUCCACCAGCAGAGCCCAGGAGCAGGGGGAGAGGACCUGAUGGCUGAGUAUGAGGAGCUGAUCCGGAAUCUGGAUGCCGAGGCUGACAGUCCUGUCAAGGCGGAUAAGGAAAUCCCAAAUCCCGACGCUCCCGUGGAAGAGGAGGAGGAGGAGGAGGAGGAGGAGGAGGAGGUGGACUUCAGCUCUUUCUCGGCUGAAACCCCCGAGCUGGACAAGGUUCCAUCUCUGUUUGGGACGAAGCCCAGGUCUGGGAGCACGGGGAACAGUGGGAGCCGGAGCCAGUCUGUGCCUUUUACUGGACCGUUUAUUAGCGUUCUUCUGUCCCGUCUGGAGAACAUGCUGGAGAACCCUUUGCAGGUGAACCUGCUGCUGACGGGGAUUGUGGCCCAGCUGGCGACGUACCCCCAGCCUCUGCUACAGUCCUUCCUCCUCAACCCAAACAUGGUGUUCCAGCCCAGCGUGCGGUCUCUCUACCAGGUACUGGCUGGUCUGAAAAAUCAGAUUGAACAGAUUGCUGCCUCACAGAAAGACUUCCCAGAUCUCCUGACUGCAGCUCAGCACUGUCUGCUGGCCAGAGAGAGCUCUCUGAGAGAAACAGACACAAGCAGCCCACACACCAGAGAACGCUUCUCCAGUCCCGACGGAGCGAGAACCGCCAAGAACCCGCCCGCUCAGCCCAAGACGCAGCUGCCCCUCAGCAGAACCGAGGUCUACGGCACGGUUCUCUUCACAGAGUUCCUCAAAGAACUGGCUGCCAUUGCACAAGAACACUCCAUCCUUUCCCAUGUGCCCAUGGAAGAGUAG